GGAGCGGGAAACCCUGCAUCGCCGGAGCCCGCGGCCGCCAUCCAUUUCCGGAACUUAAAGUCGUUUUCCGGAAGCCAGGAUGAUGUCCCCAUGACAACCGACGUUGGGUCCUGGAGCAGGCCCUCACUUUAGAGCAAGGGAAGCAGCUCUGAUUCAGAGGAACAAGAAGUCUCUCCCUCUGUGGUGGGGGGGAGAUCGGGAGCUGUUUUCUGGGGAACUGUGGAAUGUGCCCGUGGGGCCCAAGAAAGGAGAAGCCAAAUGCUACAGACCAACAACUACAGCCUGGUGCUGGCCCUGCAGUUCCUGCUGCUGUCCUAUGACCUCUUCGUCAAUUCCUUCUCGGAGCUGCUCCGAAUGGCCCCUGUCAUCCAGCUGGUGCUCUUCAUCAUCCAGGAUAUUGCAGUCCUCUUCAACAUCAUCAUCAUCUUCCUCAUGUUCUUCAACACCUUCGUCUUCCAGGCUGGCCUGGUCAGCCUCCUGUUCCGUAAGUUCAAAGGGACCAUCAUCCUGACAGCCGUGUACCUUGCCUUCAGCAUCUCCCUUCAUGUCUGGAUCAUGAACUUGCGCUGGAAAGACUCCAACAGCUUCGUGUGGACAGAUGGACUCCAGACACUGUUUGUAUUCCAGAGACUAGCAGCAGUGCUUUACUGUUACUUCUACAAACGGACCGCCGUGAGACUGGGCGACCCUCGCUUCUACCAGGACUCUUUGUGGCUGCGCAAGGAGUUCAUGCAAGUCCGCAGGUGACCACCUCCCGUCGCGCCCACGGAUGCCAUGGAAGCCGUGUUUGUGGCUCUGCAAGCAGGGUCGGCCCUGUGUACCAGGAAGCAGCUGGACUUCCCUAGGGGGGCUCGGCUGGGUAUGUCCAGCAUUCUAGAAGGAAGAUCUUCCCUUGCAAACCAGUGUCGCAGCAGACCCCAGCACACACUGCCCCCUCGCUCCCGCCUCAGGCCUGCCCCUUUCCUGCCUGUCCUGCUCCGUGCCCGUCAUUGGCUGGGACUUCUCUUUCCCUCAGAGGGUUUGGUGGCUCCUACCCCUGUGAAGCUGUUUGCAUACCCUGGGACAGAAGGACCCCCAGCCCUUCCCUUCCGCCAGUGACUGGAAGACUUGAAGAACAGUAUGUCAGUUAUGUGCUCCUGACCAAGCCCAUUUCAGACAACUAGAUUUUAUACCCACAGCACUUUUUCACAUUUUAUAAAUAGGAAAUAAAUGAAAUUUUUUUUGCCAUAA